AUGGCCAGGAAGCGGAUCGCCGUGAUUGGAGCUGGGAUCAGUGGACUGGCUGCCAUCAAGUGCUGCCUGGAUGAGGGUCUGGAGCCCACCUGCUUUGAAAGGAAUGACGACAUCGGAGGCCUGUGGAAAUUUCAAAAAAACCCUUCAGAGGAAAUGCCGAGUAUCUACAAAUCCGUGACCAUCAACACGUCCAAGGAGAUGAUGUGCUUCAGUGACUUCCCCGUACCGGACCAUUUCCCCAACUACAUGCACAACUCCAAACUCAUGGAGUACCUCAGGAUGUAUGCCAGCCACUUUGGCCUCCUGAAAUACAUUCGCUUCAAGACCAGAGUGCAGARCGUGCGCAAGUGCCCGGACUUCCCCGUCAGCGGACAGUGGGUCGUGGUGGUGGAGGCCGAGGGCCAGCGGGAGUCCCUGCUCUUCCAUGGGGUCCUGGUCUGCAGUGGGCACCACACGGACCCCCACCUGCCACUGCAGGCCUUCCCAGGCAUUGAGAAGUUUAAAGGACGUUAUUUCCACAGUCGGGAAUACAAAAGUCCCGAGGACUUCUCAGGACAGAGAAUCGUUGUGGUUGGCAUGGGGAAUUCUGGUGUGGAUAUUGCCGUGGAGCUCAGUCGAGUGGCUAAACAGGUAUUCCUCAGCACUAGACGGGGAUCAUGGAUCUUGCACCGUGUUUGGGAUAAUGGAUACCCUAUGGACAGCUCAUUUUUCACUCGAUUCAAUAGUUUUAUCCAGAAGAGAUUUACUACAGCAUUAGUAAAUAACUACCUGGAGAAGACACUGAACUCAAGAUUCAAUCAUGCUCACUAUGGCCUGCAGCCACAACACAGACCUCUGAGCCAGCACCCAACCGUCAGCGAUGACCUGCCGAACCACAUCAUUUCUGGCAGGGUCCAGGUGAAGCCCAACGUGAGGGAAUUCACGGAGACGGACGCCAUCUUUGAUGAUGGCACCGUGGAGGCCAACAUUGAUGCUGUCGUCUUCGCUACAGGAUACAGCUUUUCUUUCCCUUUCCUGGAUGGGCUGAUUGAAGUCGCUGACAAUGAGGUGUCCCUGUACAAGCUGAUGUUCCCUCCCAACCUGGAGAAGCCCACACUGGCCGUCAUCGGCCUCGUCCAGCCCCUGGGCAUCGUGCUGCCCAUAGCAGAGCUCCAGUCUCGCUGGGCUGCCCGGGUGUUCAAAGGGCUGAGCAAACUACCCUCUGCCAAGAAGAUGAUGGCGGACAUUGCCCAGAGGAAGAGGGCGAUGGAGAAAAGGUAUGUGAAGACGGCCCGCCACACCAUCCAGGUGGACCACGUGGAGUACAUGGAUGAGAUCGCCUCCCUGGCCGGGGUCAAGCCCAGCCUGCUGCUCCUCCUUCUCUCAGAUCCAAAGCUGGCCAUGGAGGUUUUCUUCGGCCCUUGUACUCCAUACCAGUUCCGCCUCCAGGGACCAGGGAAAUGGGAUGGGGCCCGGAGAGCCAUCCUGACCCAGAGAGAGCGCAUCAUCAAGCCCCUGAGGACUCGAGUCACCAGCCAGGACAGCCCCUCAUCCUCCUCGGGGCUCUCCUUGGGAAGAGUGGCAUCCUUCGGCCUGGCGUUGCUGGCUGCUGGCUUGACGUACAUAUUCAGCACGCAGAGUGCGGAAUGA